GAACUACCAUUUUCAUAAAGCGUUGAUAUCACUUUUAUGCGUUAUUCCACUGAGUAUCGCUCCAUGACUUAUAUAGUUUGCGGAACCUGUAGUAUCUACCAAUUGUCUGAAAAAAGAACAAAAAACAUUUACAUAUUAUGUCAAAGAUUUGUAUCACUCUUGAAUAUUUACUUUAGGAAGAAUUGGAUAUAAGCUUCCACGUCCGAAGCUUGGAACUUUUCAAAGAAAAAGGCUGCAACCGCGAAACGAGGCGACUUAAAACAAUCAAAGCCAUAAAGUUUUAAUUAUUCGAAGUCAGAAUUUCAUUAAGUGAUGCAUCAGGACUUCUGUACCGUAACCAUUAUAAUGGGUGACUCGACUUUAGUGUUCUAUUUGUUUUAUUUUUUUUAUUUAUUUUUUUUUGUUAUUGGAGGCGAAACUGUUGCACCUCUUUAAUUUCAUAGAAUACACUAACAGUUUAGAAUAAAAAUUAAUUUUAGCUUAGAUUUAUAAGUAAGUUAUUCAAUAAAUCGUCAACGCCAAACGUCCGAUUUUUAUUGGUUUAACUCCGGUUAGAGAAAUUUUUCUCCUUUCGGUACCAACAAUUCUUAUCAAACCCAUUUUGAAACAUUACUUAUUUAUAAACUUGUGCUUAAAAUAAAUUUUUGAAAUUUUAUUUAAUAAAUAUUCAUUAGCUUUUAACUCAACUACUCUAAAAUCAAAGUAGCAUAGUAACAGGAAACGUUUUAUGAUAUCUAGCAAAACGAGAUACAUAUGUACAUCGUCGUUUGGUAAACAAAAUAAAAAUCAGAACCUACACAAAAAAAAAACAACUUACUAAGAUUUACGGGUACAAAUGCGAGAAUAUACAUACUAAAUACAUUCCCCUGUUACCACACAAUUCGCGUGCGCAACUCGUUUUCGUGGCUAUGAAUACAUACAAUAAUUAAUUGUUAUAAUAUAGUAGGCAACUAAUUAAAAAUAAUUGUAUGUUUUACAGAGAUCCGAUCGUCAACGCACAGAUAAUACAUUUUUUUUGCUCUCCAUUAUUAAAUAAACUUAACGUUUUAAAAACGUAAAAAGGCGCACACACACACAUACUAAGAUGGCGAUCGAAAAAGCUACACUAGCUGAGAAGAAUAAUAUAACAGUUUAUAAUGCGACCACAAAGCCAAAUAAACCCAAACGUCGUGAUAAAAGUGACCUCGGUCCGAACUUUGUGGCACCCGAUGGCGGCUGGGGUUGGGUGGUUUGCGUAGCAGCUGGACUCAGUAAUCUCUCCAUUUUCCCUCCACUGCAGCAAUACGGCCUGAUCUAUCGGCAGCGUAUGGUGGAUCUAGGGUUCACAGCAAAGGAGACUACCACUAUUGUAAAUAUUAUAAUGAGUCUAUCAUCAUUAGUUGGUAUUAUGAAUGGUGCCAUGUUUCGUCGCUUCUCAUUUCGCCAAGUGGCCAUUGCCGGCAAUAUUUUUAUCUUCACUGGCAUUUUACUGACAGCUUGGUGUACCACAUUUUGGCAGUAUGUGCUUAGUUUUUCAGUUAUUUAUGGUACCGGCAUGGGCCUCAGCAUGGCUGCUGUGUCGUUGGCAGUGAAUACGUACUUUAAAACUCGCCGACGACGUGCAACUGGCUUUUCUUGGACCAUAACCGGUUUGGGACCCAUUAUUUUCCCUCACAUUACUACGAUCUUGCUCAUCUACUACGGCGCACAGGGUACGAUACUAAUUUAUGCCGCCAUUGCGCUAAAUGCGCUCUUGUGUGCGAUGACUUUGCAGCCCGUGCUGUGGCAUACAACAAAACCCAAGGAAUCAGCAGCAGCGCAACAAACGGCGAAUGCCGAUAACCAGUUGGUCCCACUUGCUCCUACAAAUGAGAAUGAAGAAUAUGAGUGCAAAUACUGUCAGUACAAGAAACAUCACAAGCGCAGUAUAUUCUCCUCGCAGUAUCUCUUCAACGAAGACGACUUGGAAACUCCGGGCUAUGAAAUUACCGAACCCGGUACACCGAUGAUGGCACGCGCCAACGACGGUUGGUUCGGUUCGAAGGUGUCACUUGCUGCAGAAAUGAAUCCAAUACGCUUGCGUCACAAGGUGAUGCGACAGGCUUCAAUGAAGGCACACAUCUCAGAGAUGGAACAUGAGGAGGAUGAACACAAUGCGCCCGAAUCACGCUUAU